UCUUGAAGAGCCCGGCCUGGGCCACAGCACACAGAGGAUGGAAAUGUGCGCCCAGCAAUGUCUCUGGGCCGCCUCCUUCGCCGGGCCUCCUCCAAAGCCUCGGACCUCCUGACCCUCUCCCCCGGUGGCGGUGGGGGCCCCCCCUCGGUCCUGGAUGGGGAGAUUAUCUACUCCAAGAACAAUGUCUGCGUGCACCCCCCCGAGGGGCUGCAGGGGCUUGGGGAGCACCACCCAGGGUACCUGGGCCUGUACAUGGAGAAGGACGAGCUCUUGGGGGCCACACUCAUCCUGGCGUGGGUCCCCAACUCUCGCAUCGAGAGGCAGGACGAGGAGGCCCUGCGCUACGUCACCCCUGACAGCUCCCCUGUGCACAAGGCACCCCGCCCCUGGCGCCGGCGCACGCCGAGCUCCGGGACCCCGCACCAGCCCGCCCUCAUGGAACAGAGGCCCUCCCUGACCCCCAAGGAGGAGGAGAUCCUGGUGGUGAACCAGAGCGCCCAGGACGCGGUGCCCAUCAGCCCAUCCCCCGAGGAGGGGGAGCGGCCGGGCCAGGGAUUGGGAGCCGAGGGCCCCCACAGCGACUCUGGAAUCUUGUCUGCGGUCAGCUCCCAGGAUGGGACGGAGGACGGCCCAGAGCCUCGGCUUGAGGCCGGGGAGGAGGAGGGCUCCUUAGAGCUUUCGGCCGAUGGCGUGAGCAGGGACAGCUCCUUCGACUCGGACUCCGAUGCCUUCUCUUCACCCUUCUGCCUUUCACCCAUCAGCGCCGCCCUGGCGGAGGGCAGUGGCCCUGCGUUCCUGGAGAGCGAGGGCAGCUCCCCCUCCAGCUCGGAUGUCCAGUUGAGGUUCACAGACAGCAGCUGCCUCCUGCAGACCGCUCGCUGGGAGGAGCCGCAGCGGGGCUGCGCCCUGGAGCAGAUCUGCGGCGUGUUCCGCGUGGACCUGGGCCACAUGCGCUCCCUGCGCCUCUUCUUCAGCGACGACGCCUGCACCAGCGGCCAGCUGGUGGUUGCCAGCCGGGAGAGCCAGUACAAGAUCCUCCACUUCCACCAUGGCGGCCUGGACAAGCUCUGUGAGGUGCUUCAGCGGUGGAAGUUCUGCACGGAGACGCACCUCAGAGAGCAGCAGGUCUCUGAGGAGAAGACGUGUAUGCUCUUCUCCAUCCGGAGGCCCAAGCUGCCGUCCUCGGAGGCGCACCCCGAGGAGAGCCUCUACCAGAGGCUGGACGCGCCCGCCUGGCUGCACCACCUGAACGCGCUGGGCCAGGUGGAGGAGGAGUACAAGCUGCGCAAGGCCAUUUUCUUCGGUGGCGUGGACGUGAGCAUCCGGGGCCAGGUCUGGCCCUUCCUGCUGCGCUAUUACAGCCCCGAGUCCACGGCAGAGGAGAGGGAGGCCCUGCGGGCACAGAAGCGGAAGGAAUACGGGGAGAUCCAGCAGAAGAGGCUCUCCAUGACUCCCGGGGAACACCGAGCCUUCUGGCGCAGUGUGCAGUUCACCGUGGACAAAGACGUGGUGCGCACCGAUCGGAGCAACCAGUUCUUCCGCGGGGAGGACAACCCCAACGUGGAGUGCAUGAGGAGGAUCCUGCUGAACUACGCCGUGUACAACCCGGCCAUCGGCUACUCCCAGGGAAUGUCGGAUCUGGUGGCACCCAUCCUGGCCGAGGUCCUGGAUGAGUCGGACACCUUCUGGUGCUUUGUGGGUCUGAUGCAGAACACCAUCUUCGUCAGCUCUCCUCGAGACGAGGACAUGGAGAGGCAGCUGCUGUACCUGCGGGAGCUGCUCCGGCUGACGCACCUGCGCUUCUACCAGCACCUGGCAUCGCUGGGCGAGGACGGGCUGCAGAUGCUCUUCUGCCACCGCUGGCUCCUGCUGUGCUUCAAGCGAGAGUUCCCUGAGGCGGAGGCCCUGCGGAUCUGGGAGGCCUGCUGGGCCCACUACCAGACGGACUACUUCCACCUGUUCAUCUGCGUGGCCAUUGUGGCCAUCUACGGGGAUGAUGUCAUCGAGCAGCAGCUGGCCACGGACCAGAUGCUCCUGCACUUUGCAAACCUGGCCAUGCACAUGAACGGAGAGCUGGUGCUUAGGAAGGCCCGGAGUUUGCUGUACCAGUUCCGGCUCCUGCCGCGGGUCCCCUGCAGCCUGCAUGACCUGUGCAAGCUGUGCGGCACGGGCAUGUGGGACAGCGGGUGCAUGCCCGCCGUGGAGUGUGCCGGCCACCGCCCCGGCUCCGAGGACUGCCCGUGCGGGGGCACGGUGGACACGCCGCCCCCCGGGCCGCCGCCAGAGGGCAAGAAGGGCCUGAGAACACCCCUGGAGGGCUUCAGUUUCCGCAGAUAGGUGGGGCUCCCC